AUAUUUAAUAUAAAAAUGUUAAUUUGUUGUGUGUAUGCGGUUAUAAUUUUAAUUGGUAGGAUUGUUGGUGAAGAAAUUGUUAAUCAAAAUGUUCCAAGUGCAAAUUCAACUCAUCCCGAAGAGAAUAUGAAUGUUCCAGAAAUAAUUACAUAUUAUGGAUAUCCAGUUGAAUCGCAUACAAUCGUUACGAAGGAUCAUUAUAUAUUAACAUUACAUCGAAUUCCAUAUGGAAAAACUAAAGGAAACAAUAAAACACGUCAACCAGUGAUUGUACAACAUGCGUUUCUUGAAAGUUCGGCUGACUUUGUUGUAUGCGGUGAAGAAAAGUCAUUAGCGUUUAUUUUGGCAAAUAAUGGCUACGAUGUAUGGUUAACAAAUUCACGUGGUAACAAAUAUUCAAGACAAAAUCAAGUAUUAAGUACAGAUGAUAAGGAGUUUUGGGACUUUAGUUUUGAUGAAAUGGCUAAAUAUGAUUUAACCGCAAUAAUUGAUUAUGUUGCUGAUAUAACAUUGCAAUCAGGAAAUAUUCAGUAUAUUGGACACUCAAUGGGGACGACAAUGUUUUUUGCAUUAAUGUCAGAACAGCCAGAAUAUAAUAAGAAAAUUAAAGCAAUGAUGGCCCUCGCUCCAGUAGCUGGACUUAAGUAUAUUACAAGUCCAAUUUCUUAUUUAUCACCAUUUGCAGAAUACUAUUACAGAAUGUCAAACUUUUUAGGGCAAUAUAAAUUACUAGCAGAUGGUAUAGUAACACAAUUCCUAGCAAAAUAUGGAUGUGAAAAAAGUGGUUUAGAGAAAAUGUGUGAAAAUAUAUUUUUCAUAUUUACAGGAUACGAUGAAAGUCAACUUGAUGAAAAAAAUUUACCAGUUAUACUUAGUCAUUCGCCAGCGGGCACUUCAACAAAGACACUUAUUCAUUUUGCACAAGAAGUUCAAGCAAAAGGACGGUUUCAACACUUUGAUUAUGGCGAAGAAGAAAAUUUAAAAAGAUAUGGGUCACCCAGCCCUAAAGAGUAUAACUUGGGUAACGUAACUGUACCGGUGGCUGUGUUUUAUGGAGAUAAUGAUUGGUUAGCAGCUAAAAAGGAUGUGGAAAUUUCAUACAAUAAAUUACCAAACAAAAUUGAAAUAUAUAGAGUGCCAUAUCCAAAAUUUAAUCAUAUCGAUUUUGUAUGGGCAAAAGAUGCACCCAAAUUAUUGUAUCAACGUUUAUUAAAGCUAAUGAGACAAUUUAAUUAAAUAGUGUAUUAAUGUAU